AUAGCGUUAACCAAAGCAUUUUUUGACACAUGUAUUAAAGAUGUUUUAUUUCUUCUAAGAGCAUCACAAAAAUUUCGCUACCUGAGACUAUUUUAAAAAUAGUCCACAGGCCAAAACUUACCGGGGUGUUUGAAUUAUCUCUUAAUUCCUCCAAGUAACGUCGAAGAUAAAACCACGGCAGUGAGCCCAGUGGUUUAUAAAUACAGAUCGGAAAGGACGCCGAGACAUUUAUAGCUACGGGAAUUUUUUUUCAAAAUGGCUGUUCCGCAGAAUCCAGCUGUGUCGUCGGUCGAUAAUUUCUUCCUCUUGGUCAUCUCGUUCUUCAUCUUCUUUAUUCAAGCGGGUUUAGCGUUCCUCGAGGCUGGAGCAUCGAGAUUGAAGAAUACAACUGAUAUCAUUAUAAAGAAGAUGAUUAUUUUAUUCACAUGCGCACUGAUGUAUUGGUUGUUUGGUUACGCGUUUGCGUGGGGAGAGAAAAGUAAUCUGUUUCUCAGCCACAGUAAUUUCGCCCUGUCGGACCUUCCUGAAUCAACUAAUAUCUAUGUUCAUUGGUUGUUGCACUUCACCCUCGCUGCCUUCACCUGUUCGAUUGUAAGUGGUGCUCUCGCCGAAAGGACAAACUUUACCGUGUACACGCUGUUUACGGUAUUGAUGUCAGGCUUCAUUUACCCCGUUGUUACUCAUUGGUGUUGGCACGAGGAAGGCUGGCUCAAGAAAGGCGACGAUGAAACUCUUGGAGAAGGUGUCUCUUUUCAGGAUUUUGCAGGCAGUGGUGUAAUUCAUGUCACUGCAGGCACCAUGGCUUUGGUAGGCUCAGCCGUAAUUGGACCAAGAUGUGGAAGAUUUGAACGUGGUAAACCAGUUCCUAUAGGCGGACACACUGUUCCGCUUGCUGCGUUUGGAGGAUACGUUUGUUUGCUUGGUUUUCUCGCUGUUAUUUGCGGAAACCAAGGGCACGUGACAUCCCGUGGCGACACUGAAGCAAUAGCUCUAAUUGCAAUCAACACGAUACUGUCAUCUUCCGGUGGGGCAUUGACGGCGUUUUUCAUCCGUCGAACUUGGGGAGCAUGUUAUGGUCAUCACUCCAGUGUGCUUACUAUGAUCAAUGGAGCAUUGACUGGAGCGGUGUCUAUUAGUGCCGGUGGCAACGAGAUGCAUCCUUAUGCAGCUUUUAUUGUCGGUUUCAUUGCUGGGGCCACCUAUAUCGCUUGGGAUAUCGUACUUCUCCAUUUAAAAGUCGAUGAUCCAGUGACGGCAACCUCAGUUCAUUUAGGUGGCGGAAUGUGGGGGCUUCUUGCCGCGCCUCUGUUGGACAAAAAUGAUGGUAUAUUGUAUGUUGGUGAUAAGCUCAGUUUUAAAAUACUCGGUUGGAAUCUCCUUGGUGGUGUUGCGAUAAUUGUCUGGUCUGCUUUGAUCUCGGCAAUACUUUUUCUAAGUCUCAGAUUCUUCAAGAAACUGAAAGUAACAGCUGAAGCUGAAGCGAAAGGUCUUGAUAUAAGCAAGCAUGGAGAACCAGCCUAUCCAAUUGGAGCAUAUGCUGAAAGUUCAUCAUAUCAAUAUCCGAAGACAGUGCUGGUAAACGAGAGGACCAACCCUGCAUUUAGCAACAUGGAUGCUUCCAUGUCUAGUCAACCAAGUGAAUCAAUGAAUACUCGAGGCAGUACGUCAGCUAUGUCUUGAUAUUCGAAUACUUAAAUUGUGUCGUACAAUAUUUGUAUGAGUGGAAUCGAAAUACCGAACCUGGAUAAGCAGAACAUUGUCAGCAUUUUCUAGUUUUACGUUUCAGUUAACUUUGUGAGUAGUAGUAUUUUAUUCAAUAAUAAUUGCUAAUUGUAUAGUAAAAAGAUGUUUUCUUUUAUGUAUAAAACCAGUGACUCGUCACUGGCAAUGAGUAGUCCCUGCAGUUAUAGCAGUGAAUAUAGGGUUUAUGACACGUUUGGAGAGAAUGGAUAAAAAGGCUUAAAAAGAAUGUAUAAAAUCAGUGACUCGUCUCUCGCAAUGAGUAGUCCCUGCAGUUAUAGCAGUAUUAAAAUAUAGGGUUUCAUGAUGACACGUUUGGAGAGAAUGGAUAAAAAGGCUUAAAAAGAACGUAAUUUGAGGGUUUAGUUAGGGCAUUACAUUUCGAGCGUAGAAAAGUGAAUCUUGUGUAAAUAAACUGAAGUUAAAAUAUAAAUCUAAGAAUAUUAUUAGUAUUUAAG